UAGAUGCUCAUCCGCAGAAUAGCUUGCUGGCGUCAAUGAACAGAUCGCCUCAGAGCAGGAGUCCUGCCUACCUUUCACGUGCCUGUAAUGCUGCUUCCUCAUCGGCAGCUGGGAUUUGUUUUCCUGCCGCGUCAUUUCGACCAAAGCAUUAACGGAUCGUUUAUUUAGAUCUUGGUCCAACGCCAAAAGUGGGAACAGAAGCUCACUUCCAGGAACUUGCGUGCUCAGGUUGUCAGAACGGAAGCCCCGAAACUGCCAAUGUUUUCGGGACCAGCGCUUGAGCCGUUGGAACGCGAAUAGCAACUGGUGCAGUAAUCAGGUUAAGCCGUAGAGGACUCUUGCCGGUUGUUGGAGGAAAAGAUGUGCAAUGGAAUGGUAGCGUUACAUACGAGAGCCCCUUCCUCCUCCUCCUCCUCCUCCUCUCUAGCCCACAGGCUGGCCUUCCCCUCGCUUCUACUCCUCAUCACUGUGCUCCCCCAUGGCCGCGCAUCAGGUUGCGCGCAGCCGCCUGCCGUACAGCACGGAGACCUGGUAAACCAAACUGAGGCGAACAGGGACUCCUUUCCCGUGGGCACUGUUUUGACCUAUGGCUGUGAGCCCGGAUACAUCGCAGAUGGGCCUACCAGCAUCAUUUGUGACAGCUCUGGAUCCUGGUUCAGUCAAGCACCGCGCUGCAUUCAAAGCAAUGUGUGCUUGCCCCCCACUGAACCAGAGAAUGGUGGCUACCGGUGUCACCCUCCUGGCUGCCACCGCCUCACCCACAAGACUGUCAUCGAGUACUUCUGCGAUGAGGGCUACGCUCUGAAAACAGUCUACAAGUUUCUCACCUGUGAGAAUGGCGAGUGGGAUCGUCCCAUGCAGAUCAGCUGCCGACUCACCCAAGACAAGGAGCCAAGCUCUCCACUCGGCAUACCGGCACUGUCUAUCGCGGCGUCCACCGCUAGCUCGGUGGCACUCAUCCUGCUUUUAGUUGUGCUAUUUGUGCUCGUGCAGCCCAAACUUAAGUCGUUCCAUCACAGCAGGAGGGAGCAAGGAAUCUCAGGCCAAUCUGGUUCCAUCAUGGUUGAGGGGGUUCAGGUGGCACUGCCGUCUUAUGAAGAAGCUGUGUAUGGAAAUGCUUCGGGCCCUCCUCCUCCUGCACCACCUCCUCCAGCUCCUCCCGAAUCCAGAGUCCCUAUCGUUCUCUCCGAGGGUCUCCCGCAGGGGGCCACGGGAGGCCAAGACCCCAGCGAAACCCAUCACCAUAGAGACUUGGACUUCUGUUUCCCAUCCACCUCUUCCUCAUUCCCCUCCCACCAUCAUGCAGAGACGGCGCUUGUUCAUCAGGCACCUUCCUCUUCCUCAUCAUCGUGGGCUAGAGAGCACCCUGGGGGUGCGUGCGCAGCCCCGCUACCUCUCCGUAGAGACUCUGAGAGCAGCGACCAGCACAGUCUGCUCUCUGUCACCUCUACAGAUGACUUUUCUGAUGAUAUUCCUUUGCUGAAGGAAGCAUGAAGCCUACCAGCGUGCUAGCAACAGUCUCCCGUCUCUCUCUGCUGACCAGGACCGAGUGUGUCCGUCAACCCCACUUCCCCAAACACGCCUCACAGGCCAGAAGAGACAAGACUUCGAACUAUGCCCCGCGCAACCUCUUCUGCCAUCGCUACAGACGCAGAACAAAGCCAUCAACCAGUACACACUGCAGCACAGGCAGUGAUGGACCGCCCAAAGGAGCCAACUCGAGACGUGAUAAAGCGGCGCCACGUCAUUAAAAAUCCUUGGCAGGCUUUGUAUAUGAUUCAAACGUACCUAAUGAGUCAAGGCUGUAUGCUAUGGGCGACGUAUUACCACACACACUCACCUUCUUUCUGGUUGCAAUCUGUAAAUUGUAGUUGACAGAGGCGCCAUCAAAAAAAACAUCAUAGCAAUCGAUAGAUUUAUAACAGGAAAAAUUCUGAAGUUUGCUCCUGGCCCUAUAUUGUUCCAAAUUGUCUUCCCGCUGUACUUGAAGAGUUGUGAGUGACAGUUGGGUGUGUUGUGGCCCUCUUUGUGAAUGCUGCAUGUUUGUUUCUAGGGAUGGCUGUCACUGCACCAUGGCCCACUCUGAAUUAAGCAUGAAGCCUCCUCUGUAUGUAUCUCUCUCACUCACUCGCUAGCUAUCUCUGUAUCCAGGCAACAUCCAGCAUAUGUGGGUGAAUGGGAUCAGUUGGGAUGAGUCGAAAGCAGCGUGGAGACCUGCUUCUAGAACCUGGAAGAGAGCUUUCUUUCGACGUUACAUCAGACUCGAAGUGAGAUGCAAUUUCCCGGUUUAUAGCAGUCGAGGAAGGGGCUGUCCAUCAUGGUCAUGACUAAACUUCAAAUUAGCUCCAAGAAAAUGCCCCUUCCUUCUGUAUUUAUUGUUUGACGUGUGGCUCAGUUGGUUUUGCAAUGAUGAGUCUGAUUUUGUGUGCGAGUGUCAGUCUGCAUCUUUGUGCGUGAAGCAGGAAGAGGACAUGUCCUCAAUAUAAGUGCGCCGCGUAACAGCCGUUUCCGAUCAGCCCCUUCUUAUAUUCGAGGCUAUAUUCCGUGUUAUUUGUUAUACGGAACCAUUAAAACACAAAUCAUACAAGAAAUGAAUCCAGGACACACACGUGUGUCUUAUUUCUGCUGACUAGCAUCUCCCUAGAGCAGUGGUUCUUAACCUGGGUUCCAUCGCACCCUAGGGAUUAGGUGAAUCAGUCUCAGGGGUUCGACGGGGCCUCUGCCAUCGAGGUUAAGACAAACCCGACUCAACAUGUCAAUUAGUUAUGACACGCCCGCCUGGCCAUUACUGGCUGCAGAUGAUCACAUUACAUUGCUUAUCCAAUCAGUGCUGCGGGAAAUUUAGUUCGCUCAGUAGUCAAAGUGUGACCGACGUGAUCGUACGUCAUGCACAGUUCAUUUUGUGCGCCAUUUAAAAAAUGUAUACCUAUGUCUAGAAAUGUCAUUUACUUAUUUCAGUUUUUAAUCAUGCGUUUUUACGUGUUGAAUUCAUUUAAAAAAAUCACAUUUUUAUUUUUCACUAAUGAAGGGUUCGAUGAAUCUGCAUAUGAACUGGUUGGGUUCAGCACCUCUAACAUGGUUAAGAACCACUGCCCGAGAGGAACGGCUUUGCAACAACCAUCACACGGAAAUGAAAAUACCACAUUUGUGCAUUAUUGACAUAACUGCAACUGGUUGCAGUGAAAUAACAAAUGAAAUAAUGAUGUUUUGUAUACCCUGGCCUCCAUAAACUCCUAAAGCCAAGAGCAUAUUACUUAAAAAUCAUGCGUUUUGUCAUCCUCUAUUUGUCAGUUGGUGUUUUUUGUGGUUGAGCUUUCCACUAUGAACACAGCAUGACCCCCUCAUCCCACCAAAAAAAUAUCAAACCCGAUGUGAUUUUUCUGAUCUAUUUUGGCUUUUCAUUAUUAUUGCUAACAGAAUGUUGCUUUAGACUUGUAUGUUUAUUUUUUUUUUCAUGUAUUCACUUAAGCUUCUGCUUAGGUGGUUGUUUUUUCACUAUUGCAACAUUUUCUGUUUUCCCAAAGGCCUUAUUCUUUUCUAUUCUAAGCAUACAAUUGUCUUUAUUUGUCGCCGUUUAUUUUGUCAUCAAAAAAAUACAGUAAUGUCCAUCCCUUUCUGUCCUUACCUUGCUUUCCAGCUACUGUGGUGAUGACACUGAUGAUUUUUAUGCGCCCCCGUGUUUCAUAAUUGCUUCUCUUUACUACCUGGUGGAAACUAUUAUGGGGUUAAAGUUUAAAAA